GUCGUUUCUGGAGCUGUUUAACACGGAGAUUCUGAGGAUGGCCGGAGGGAUGUUGAUAGUGUGCGUGCUGGCGGCUGUCAUUUAUCAGGCAAGGACUGUUGAAGAGCCGGAACAUAUUCAAGAGAUCCACCCAUGGAAGAACCAAGGCACAGGGUGGGUCAGAGUGAAGAGAGACUGGAUCAUCCCUCCAAUCAGGGUUCUGGAGAAUAGCAAGCAAGUGCCAGAAAAUCUCGUCCAGAUCAAGUCCGACAAAAUCUUCACAGGAGAAGUCAUCUACAAACUAGAGGGUCCGGGCGUGGACCAGGCCCCCAAGAAUUUCUUUGAGAUCGAUGACAAAACAGGAAUGAUCCGAAGCAAGCGUCCUCUGGACCGAGAGAAGUACAGCAGCUUCACGCUAAAAGCCUUUGCACUGUCGCCCAGUGGAGAGCGACUGGAGAACCCUACCACCAUAGAAAUUGUGGUGCUGGACCAGAAUGACAACAGACCUGCCUUCACACAGAAACAGUUUACUGGUUCUGUUCCUGAGUUUUCGGUCCCAGGUACAUCAGUGAUGUCAGUAACAGCCACAGAUGCAGAUGACCCAACCACUGAAAACGCGUUUCUCAGCUACUCCAUCAUCGGCCAGGAAAGCUUCCCGGCCAACGCUGUUACCAAGACCAUGUUUGGCAUAAACAACGAGACAGGAACCAUCUAUACAAGAGACGUAGGCCUUGAUAGAGAGGUGGUGACGUCCUUCAAGCUCAAGCUCCAGGUUGCUGAUAUGGGCGGCAUGGGGCUGAGCACUGAGGGUGUGGCCAUCAUUCAAGUGUCUGACAUCAACAACUACGCCCCGCAGUUCAGCCCUAACUCGUACAAGAUGACAGCAGUGGAGAACAGGAGGAACGAGGAGAUCGGUUGUGUUAACGUGACAGACCUCGAUGACCGUGGAACUGGACACUGGGAGGCAAGAUACUCCAUCUCCAAUGACCCUUACAGGAACUUCGCCAUCACCACAGACGCCGCUACCAACCAGGGCAUUCUGACGGUGGUCCAGCCCCUGGAUUAUGAAGCCCAGAUGGAGCACACCUUGAUUCUGACAGUAGAGAACAUCACUCCACUGAGCAGCAAGGCUCCCAACUUGCCAGUGAGCAGCGCCACAGUGUUGGUCACGGUCGUCAACGAAAACGAAGCUCCACAUUUCACUGAAGACCCCAUGCGGAUCGUGGUGCCCGAGUCUGUUACCCCUGGAACAUUAUUAAAAAGCAACAUCGCAUUCGACCCCGAUAAUUCCCACCUCAGGUAUGAGAUUAGUCGAGAUCCUGAGAGGUGGCUGGACAUCAACAGAAAUACGGGAGAAAUUACUGCAAGGAGACCCUUCAACAUGCGAUCCCAAUACGUCAGAAACAACAUCUACACCGCUAUCGUCAAGGUCACAGACGCCGGCGGCGUGUCGACCAGCGCCACUGUGGCCAUCACCCUGACGGAGACCAACGACUUCGCCCCACAGCUCCUCCCCCUGAGUGGCACCGUGUGCAGGGACACGCGGAGGUCGGUCUCCGGACUGAUCCUGACCGCUGAGGAUGACGACCUCCCACCGCAAGCCGCACCGUUCGUCUUUGAAAUACCCGACGAUGUGUCCGGCAACUGGACCGUCGUCCAAGUCAACGACACUCAUGCGGUGCUGCAGCCUCUGGUGGACCUGGACGAUGGAGAGUAUGCAGUCACAGUAUUGGUGUCCGAUUCUGGAAGUCCUUUCUUCAGUUCUUACGCUCAGGUCAACGUCACAGUGUGUCUCUGUGACGCCUUUGGCGACUGUAAGUCUGAGGCGGGGGCAAUAUUUGCCUCCGGUACGGGGAUCAGCUUCAUCGCUCUCAUUAUCAUCAUGGCCAGUAUCGCCCUGCUUCUAGUACUGCUGCUCCUGGCGAUAGCCGUGACGUCUUGUGGGAGACGCCAUCACAUCAAGAAGGGAACUGGUCUGCUUGGGGGGGAUUCAGAAGAUGAUAUCAGAGAUAAUGUCCUCAACUACAAUGAGCAAGGAGGGGGUGAGGAAGAUGAGAACGCCUUCAACAUGGACCUGCUGUGGAAUCCCUUGGAUGCAAACACGACGCCUAUGCCCCCCGUGUCCUGCUACCCAGCAUCUGGCCUUCCUCGGGGCAAACAGCCCGUCAGGAAAGAUGCGCCACAUGACCUGCCGUCACCCAUCUACCCUCGGAGACCCCCGGCGGACCCCACUGACAUCCAGGACUACAUCAACGACGGCCUGGAGGCGGCGGACAAGGAUCCCAACGUUCCUCCCUACGACACGGCCCUCAUCUACGACUACGAGGGCGAGGGCUCGCUGGCCGGCAGCCUGAGCUCGGUGGCGUCCGGCAGCUCGGACGGCGAGCAGGACUACGACUACCUCAACGACUGGGGGCCGCGCUUCCAGAAGCUGGCCAACAUGUACGAGCCUCGUUAGCCUGGCAGCUGGGGAUGUUUGCAGGAGAACCCUGAGGGUCCACCACUAAGUGCCUCAGUGUGUCCAGGUCUGGGACGUCUAAGUGAAACUGAAAGUAGAACUUUAACGAGGUGCUCAGGAAGUAAGUGGGAAGGAGCUGCGAGGCAAACGGAAUGUGUGGAUUGUAUUUUUGUAUUGAUUGUUAUUAUUUUAUACCAUGUUGUUGUUGUUGUUGUUGGUUUGAGCCUGAAUCCUCCAUUCCACCUUUACUACACUUUGGACAAGAAACACCAGAGGUGGGUAAAGUCGCCCUCAGUCAUUAGCAUUAUAUUAUUUACACUGACCAUACGUCCUCUUUUCACCGGACAUGACCUCUUUUGCGGAGUUUCUUAAAUGCCUCAUUUUGAGAUAGUGUUGCGUGUAUUUUCAAUGUACGUUCAGGGUUAAGAAGGGGUUAAAAACAAAACAAAUGGUGCGUGCAGCAGCAUUGGUGAGGGAGGGGCAGAGACAGAGAGAGAGCGAGAGAGUUAUGAUAAACGCGCAUGCGUCGCCAGGCUCUGCUUUUUAUCCAUAGAUUUAUCAGAUUUAAUUAUUUAUUAUCUAUAGCAGGGGUGUCAAAAGUGUGCCAUUUGCGGCCCACGGCUAAUGUUUUGAAGGCCCACGGCACAUUCUAAAAAUACUAUUAAAAUAAACAAAAACAUAACAAAAGUGAAAUAAAAAAGCUUGAAGGAGAAAUGUAAUUUAGAAAAAGUUACAAUGUUGACUAAUAUACAGA